AUGGACGCAGAAUUGAAAAGAUUGGCAGCUACCCAAGCUGAGGAAGCCGCGAUAUUUGAAGCUGAGAUGGAAAAGAAAAAGAUAGAGAUAGAAUUUCAAACGCGCGAAAAAGUAAGAAAACUGAAAGCAGAGGCUGCCCUCGCAGAACGAAAGGCCGAACUGAUGCAAGAAUAUGACAGCGAUGACAUGUCCAGCUCGAAUGAUGAAAAUGGAUCGGACAGAUUGCCACCCCCUCCAAUUACACAAUUAAUAAAAGGAGAACAGACUGAAUUAUGGGUAAAGUCUUGCUCAAGCCAAACAGCUGAUAAUCAAGCCUUGGACAAUCUUGAAUCGCCUGAGCGUGUCAACAAUCAACCCAAGAAAUAUUUUGAAAACACGUGUAAUAGAAAUAAAGUGGAAACAAAUACAGCUGGUCAAAAGGGACAUGUCACAUUUAAUGAGCGUGGGAAAAAUAGAUCGAGUGCAAGAAUCAUACCGGAAAUUAGUAAAAACCAGAUUUCGGAUGCUCAAGCAGUGAUGUUAAAGGUGAAUAUGUUACAAGCAAUGCAACCUGUGAAAUUUGAUGGUAACCCGUCUGACUUUCCCACAUUUAGAAAAAGAUUGAUUGACAAUCUUGAAGACGGAGUUCUUAAUGACAGUCAAAAAAUCGAAUUUCUACCUAAAUUUGUAUCUGGAGAUGCGUAUGAAACUGUGAAAAGAGUGGCUGGCUGUUCUUACCCGGAUAUUAUAGUGAUUUUGCAAGAUAGAUAUGGUCAGCCUGCCACAGUUGCUGCCUCUUGUAUUGAGUCCCUGACAUCUGGUCCAAAGUUGACAAACGGUGACUACAAAGGAUUGCGUAACUUUGCCGAACAACUUACGUCAUCAGUGAAAAGGCUUGAAGACGAAUACGAACAAGAAGCGAGCACGACAUCGAAUUUAAAUUUGAUCGCUUCGAGGCUACCAAACUACCUGAUUAACAAAUGGGGAGACGUAUCGUUCACGAUUAGAGAAAAGGGAAGAAAGCCACGACUCGAGGACCUAGCUAAAUUCGUGAAAAGGCAAGCGGCGAUCAAAAAUGAUCCUGUGUUCAUUGGAUCAACCACAGGGAAAAACACGGACUGGAAAUAUAAGCCAGGGAGAUGGCGCGGGCGGAAAAACGAAGACCCCAAAAACGAAGACCCCAAAACAGACAAGGAAACUUUAGCAUACACUACCGAUUUUAAGAAAGGAAAGAUUGAUGGAACUGGUGAUAAUGAUAAUGAUAAUAAGAGCAAGAAGCCUCACUGGCCGAAUUGUCCAUGUUGUUCACGAUCACAUGAGCUCGCCUUUUGCCCGGAAUUCCGAAGGAAAGAAGUAAACGCAAGAAGGGAUGUCGUCAAGAAGCAAAAACUAUGUCACGUCUGCAUGAAAGCUGGACACUUCAGAGAAAACUGCCGGUAUGUUGAAUUUUGCCCUUGUAGUAGUCAGAGAAAACAUCAUUUGCUGCUACAUAAUACAAAGUCGAACGAAAAUAAGAAAGAAAUGAAAGAUGGAAAGAAAUUACCGGAGGACCAAAAGGAAGUCGAACCUGACAAGCAAUCGGCGCAAGAAAAGAAGACGGAGCAAUAUGCGACAAUAACAAAUACUACUUCAAAAUUUGUGUUACUUCACGUAGUUCCUGUGAAAGUGCUCUCUCCGCAAGGAGUAUCCGUAACAACAUACGCACUUCUAGACAACGCCUCUCGCGGUACUAUGAUAAGUUCAGAAUUGGCGAAAGAGUUGAAUCUUCGUGGAAGGAAAGAGACAAUUUUAGUUAACACUUUAUUGCAACAAGAAAGUCAGGAAUUCGAAGUGGUAGAGUUUGAUCUGCAACAUGCGUCUUCAGAUGGUGAGAAAAUCAAAGUUCAAGAGGGCCUAGUAUCCAAGAAGUUCAACAUCGCCGAAAGAUGCUUACCAAAGGAUAUCGACAGAAAUCUGUAUCCGCAUUUGGCUGACCUUGACAUACCUGACGUUAACCUUGCAAAUGUCUCGGUAUUAAUUGGUAAGGACGUAGAGCGAGCACACGACAUUCUUGAAAUUCGUAAAUCGAAGAGACCUGGACGACAACUGCAAGGGCAACGAGGCCCUCUGGGAUGGGUUAUUACAGGAACUAUAGACGGUGUUUCAACGAAAACAGACAUCAGCGUUAAUUUUACUGACCGUGAUAAAACGCUACAUGACCAAAUUGAGAACUUUUGGAAUAUAGAAGGCUACGGAACAAGAGCCAUUAGACCCAGAAAGGACGAAGAACGUCACCUUUCGACCGAAGGUAUGUCGAAAGAAGAUGAGCGUGCACAGAAGAUAUUAGAUCAAACGUUCACAAUGAAAGAUGGUCAUUAUGAAACAGGCCUCCUAUGGAAAGCUGAUGACACAGUUUUGCCUGACAACAGAAAGCAAGCCGAGAAGCGGUUAGAGAGUCUGAAGCGACGUUUUCGGAAAGAGCCCAGUCUAGAACAAAAAUAUCGCUCUGUAAUGGAGGACUAUUUUAAGAAGGGAUAUGCACGCCGCCUCUCACCUGACGAAGUCCUUGCAUCCGGACCAAGAAAAUGGUACCUACCCCAUUUCCCAGUACUAAAUCCUAAUAAGCCGGGAAAAGUAAGAAUAGUAUUUGAUGCUGCUGCAGAAUUUGAAAACAACUCGCUGAACAAGAACCUAUUGCAAGGACCAGAUCGUACGAACAGCCUUGUUGGUGUCCUAAUGAGAUUUCGCCAAGAAAACGUAGGCUUGGCAGCAGACAUCGAAAGCAUGUUCCACCAGGUUAAAGUUCCUCCAGAAGACCAAGAUUCACUGAGAUUUUUAUGGUGGCAAAACGACACCGAAGAACAGCCGGAAGAAUACGUGAUGACUGUUCAUAUCUUCGGUGCGACGGACUCCCCUUGUGCAGCAAAUUCCGCCUUAAAGAAGACUGCAGAAGACAAUGAGGGAGGCUUUGAUCUAGAAACUACAAAGACGGUGAAAAAUAAUUUCUACGUUGACGAUCUCCUAAAAUCUCUGAAUAGCACUGAAGAAGCUGUCCAUCAGGCGAAAGAAUUGAUCAAGUUGUGUGAGAUGGGAGGGUUUAACCUGACCAAGUUUAUGAGUAACGAUCGCGAAGUGUUGUCGUCGAUUGCAGCCGAGAAACGAGCCGACCCAAAUCUUGAUCUUAGCCUAGAUAAACUGCCUAACGAAAGAACACUUGGCAUACGCUGGAACCUUGAAUCCGAUGAAUUAGGAUUUAAAGUCGUAGAGCUGAAGAAACCUGAUACCAUGAGAGGAGUUUUGUCGACAAUCUGCACCAUUUUCGACCCAUUGAAUUUCGCUGCACCAGUAAUGUUGGUGGCAAAGAAGAUAAUGCAAGAGUUAUGGAGAAAGAAGUACUCCUGGGAUCAACAACUUGAAGGCGAGAUUCUACAAAGAUGGCAAAGUUGA